AUGUUGUUGUUUUAUUUUUAUUCAAGAUAGCUUAAAAAUGUGUUUAGACUCUUAUUUUGAAGAGUCACGUUGCAGCGUGACUCAUGUGACUAGCCACAGCCAACCGGGUUGUUUUGUCUUUUCCUGCUUCUGGACGAGGGAUAUACGCAGACGGUCUUUGCAGAGCUGCUGCUUGAAACAGAGGAAAAGAGAGAAAAACCGAGAUUGGCCAUUAAGGUUUGGACCGGAAAUUCUGAGCGAAUACCGGAGUUGGAUUCCACGUGCGAGAUACAAGAUGGCGAGCCACCCAAGGACCCCUUGAACUGCGCCUCACACAGAACAAAGCGCCCUCUGCUGGAUUUCAUCAGAAAACUGGUAGGAUUGAUCCAUAUCUCUCUGCAAAACUGCAGUGGACUCAGAGACACCGGAUUAACCAUUCAGGACAAUCAAAGGAUUGACAAUUAAGGGAAUAGAGACAUUUAUUUGUGAUAUGCAAGUUAUUCAGUCUUUAGCUGAAUAUUUUUGAGUUUUGUGCAUUUUUUUUCACUGUUGUUUUGUGAACUAUAUAUGUUAAUGCGGGAAUGGUAUUACUUGAAAUGUAAAUGUUUUUGUUUGGUACAAACAACAAAACAAAGAAUGGUUGAAACUUAAAAGGGAACUUAACUAAACUUGAACUAGACCUUGAAACUAAAGAACUAGACUUUAUUCAGAAUAAAGCGGAGUUAACUCAAAUAGAUUGAAGGAUAAAACUUGAAAUUAAUACAAACAAUAACCUAGGUUGAAAGUAAUAUCCUUUUAAAGCCAAAUAAUAGGUUUAAAUCUAAAAAAGGGGAUUGAUAAACUAAAUCACUUGAACAAAAGGGAAGAAUAUUUCUUUUUUUUUUUAAAGUGAUAUUGAACAUUUCAUGUCAACUGUAUGUCAACUGUCUUUUUCUGUCUUUCAACUAAGAAUAACAAGUCGGCAAUUUAAACUUAUUUUCUGGUCUGUGGUUAUUAAUGCACCUUACAUCAAUCACUGCUCUAGUAGUCGAACCUAACAUUGGUCCUAGUAUACUGUAACUACUCCAGAAGUGUUACAGAAGUGGCGAGCCAGCCAGGAGCAGUAAUUGAACCCUCAACCUUUAUUUUUGACCCAGACCUUUAAAAUAGGCCAAGCCCGGCAAAAUGGACAUAGUUGACAGAGAAAAUGUUAAAGUUCCAAACUCAGUUAUCAUUAGUGGGAUUACUGACACAGCCGUCGAUGAAGAUUUAACUGACUUCCUGAACAAAUAUGGGCGAACUGCGAGAAUCUUUAAAAUAGAUGAUCCCCAGUCUCCCUACCACAAAAAUGCCAUUGUGGAGUAUGAGAGUGGAGCUGCCUUGACAGCACUUGAACCCUUACUGCCCUACACAUUUGAGAGUCUGAAUGAAGUCACUUACGAAAUAAGAGCCCUGUCGACUGAGUACGUAUCAGCUGUUACGAACAGCGCCACCCACAGUUUUUUCAGUGAACUGCGGAAAAUCGCCAAACUAAGUGGCAAAUCUUUUGAAGCUGUUCUGCACGAGCACCUUUCUGAAUGCGCUCAAUCAGUUACAAGCAGCCCAGAGCCACCUGAAAUUGUGGUUUCUACCCAAGAGACACAAAGUGAACCCACAACUCCAGUCGCUAGACCAACACACACAAAUCACCGACCCUUCCAAAGUGAAACUGUGGAACCGAUUGCAACUAAUGUAAGCAUCAGUGCUUCUGAACCAAUCAACCAACCACAACCUGAUCCACCAUCUAACAUACCAAACAGCUUUAUAACUCACCCUGAGGUGCAAAAGGUUGUUGUAGAGCAUAUAGUCCGAAGUGAAGCUCCUGUCUCACAAGUCAGUGCUUCUUUCCGUCUAAGACAGUUUUCAGGCAAACUACCUUGUCCUAGUCAUGAGGUUGAUUUUGAUUCCUGGCGCCACAGUGUUGAGCUCAUUCUUCAAGACCCAGAUCUGUCUGACUUGCAACGCUCGCGAAGGAUCUUAGACAGCCUUGUGCCACCUGCUGCAAAUGUGGUGAAACCUUUAGGCCCUCAAGCCUUGCCACCAGCUUACCUUGAAUUGCUUAAUUCAGCUUUCGGCACAGUGGAAGAUGGCGAUGAGCUUUUCGCUAAAUUNUGA